AUGGAAUGUUCCAAAGAUUAUGCCUUAAGGGCUAAAAGGAUGGAAAAGAAGAGGUUCUUACAGGAACAUUUUGGUGUUGCAAAACUACUUGCAACGAAGGCUCGGCCCUGCGAGGUUCAUGGUGCACAGCCCUUGGAUGAUGAUAAAACUACUUGGAAAUGUUACAGGCAGAUGGCUCUUACUCUGCAUCCGGAUAAAAACAAGUCGGUGGGUGCAAAUGGCACAUUUAAGCUGGUUUCUCAGGCAUGGACUGUAUUAUCUGAUAAAGCUAAGAGAGCCGCCUUUGAUCAAAAGUGCCUCUUAUGGGAGUCCUUCAAAAGGAUUAUUGGUGGUAUACGUAUACCUUGGAAUAGUUUGUUUGGUACUGCUAACCUUGGUGGGAAAUCUUCUGAACCUGCUACUCAGGGUGGUUUGUUUAAGCUGCUAACCGGAAGGACAGAUCUCGCGAGUGGCGCUCAUACCAAUCCUACUCCAAGACCUUCUGUACCUACUAGUUAUAAUGGUUUGUUUAAUUCUCCUAUCGGGAAGGACAUAGAUCAUAUGAGUGCAAUUUCUGCAGGACACACUAUGAGUACUUUGCUGUUUAUAGAAACUGCAAUAUUGUUUGUGCCGGCUGCAACAAGCCAUUUUUUGCUUCUGAGAAACCAGCCUCGCCUUUAA